AUGAGUGCAGAGACGGAGCUGCUGUGGCCCGGAGUGGCCCUUCUGCUGCUGCUGGGGCUGGUGGCCAGCCUGUGUGUACGCUGCUCCCGCCCAGGUACGAAGAGGUCCGACAAAAUUUAUGAGCAGAGGAACCUGCAAGAGAACCAACAGAACUUUGCAGUGACCCGGACCUACUCCUUGGCCGGGCAGGUCUGGCCAGGCUCCCUGAUGGAAACAGCCUCUGACCUGGCACCAGCAAGGAAGGAUAAGCUGCUGUGGUUCUCCCCAAGCCUCGAGGAUCCUGCGUCCCCAAGGUACCAGAACUUCAGGAAAGGACGCAGACACACAUCAGAUGCAUCAUACAUAGACCCCAUCAACAUGGACUAUGGCAACUGGGGGCAGUCCCAGAACCUCCGGGAAGAUGAUGAUGAUACCAAUUCCUAUGAGAAUGUGCUCAUCUGCAAGCAGCACGAGCCUGACUCAGGCCCUCUCCUGGUUUCUCUCCCUACAGGCGAAGAGGAUUAUCAGAACUCGGCUUCCAUCCAGAAGUGGCGGGAGUCCAGAAAGGUCAUAGGGCAAGUCCAGAGAGAAGCACCCCCCUCCCCUGUAGGAAGCCCAGAGGAGGACGACGAGGGGGAGCCCGAUUAUGUGAACGGGGACAUGGCAGCCACGGAAGCCUAGGGCAGACCUAGGAGAAGCCAACCAUUUUCAUCUUCGCUGAAGGAGCCAAGGAAGCCAGAGCUCAUAGGAAUGUUUACCGUCUCCCAAAGAUCACUUCUCCAGAGCUGCUCUACAUCUGGACCCCACCACAGUUACUCAUGGGAGGUGCACCAACAUGUCCCACGGACCAUCGCUCUGGCCACGUGGGACCAGCCUGAGGAAGGGCAGUUACACGUGGAAGCUGCUUUCCUGGGGCUGGGCAGGAGCCCGGUGCCGAGGGCAGUGCAGCUCCCGCCGCCGUAAUUGAAUGCCCAGCGCUGAGGGCAUGUCACAUCCACAUUCCCGCAUCUAAAACAUCUACAGUACUGGUGUUCGUAUCCUUUCUGCUUUGGAUUUGGAUCCCAAAUUGCUUACCAGUCGGUUGCUGGGAUUUUUUUGUGAUUGAUAAGUUUGUAUAAUUAAUUUAUAUAGGUGGAGCCAUAUUUAAUAUUCUACUUUCCAGGGUAGAUUUUGUCUAUCUUGUCUCCUAUAAGCAUUACAUGUUCUAAUUUCAGCAGACACUUGGGGAGCCCUGGCAUUCCUUUCCUUGGGCCUCAGUUCACA